CUAUACAAUCGGAGUUUGUGGCUACUGGCUUAGACUCAAUUUUUCACUAUUUUUAUAAUUUCUAGUUGGAGAGAUUGCCUUCUACCUAGAUUUAAAGUGUUAUUCCAUUUUUAAUGAAACAAUAUGCAAACAAAAGAAUGACGGAGGAUUUCUUGUUAUCGGGCCAACUGGGAAGUCUAUGUGUCGGCGUGACUGUGAUGAUAAUAAUGAGUUCAAAGUUGAUGGAAGAUGUAUUUCUAGUUGUCCAAAAGAAGGCCAAAUUAUUCGUGUUGAUUUUAAAGGAGAUGCUGAAUGUAUUUGUAAUCCAAACAUACACCUUGUGGAAGUCCAAGGAAAAUGUUAUCAGAACUCUACGCAGGUUGGAAAUAUCAGAACUCUAUGCAGAUUGGAAAUAUCAGAACUCUACGCAGGGUAUUUGUUCCCCUGGAUAUAAUAUGGAAAUAUUAAGGAAGGAUGAAUAUGUCUGCCGGAAGAAUGAUUGCCAAUUACCGAAUGAACAGCUCUGGAGUGAUGGAAAGUGCUACGAGAAGAGAACUGAAAAAUGUUCCAGAGGUUUGUUCUUUAUCUUAGAAAGAGAUAAGAAAACCUCCAAGCUCGUUUUACAGUGUGAGAAGGAUGAGAUUGAUCUUAGAAGCACGUUUUCUACUUGUUUAGAGAAGCACGUUUUCUGCUUGCUUGGAGAUAAAUAUUGAUCUUAGACGCAAGUUUUCUGCUUGAUUAGAGGUAAAUACUGAUCUUAGAAGCACGUUUUCUGCUUGCCUCGAGAUAAUUAUUGGUUAUUUAUUUCUAUUAUACAGUGAGAACCAGAAAUCUAUGUGAUAAAGGAAGUCAAGAAUUUGGCACAUAGUUAUGAUAUGAAGUAGUCCAAUGAACGUGAGACACCGCAAAUGGACAGUCCGCAGUGUGCACAAACCAUUUGCCUUCGUCAGUGCUUUUUCUGGUUCUCACUGUAUUUUACGAAAUAUUUGCGAAGAAGAAAUGCGAAAAUUUCGCGAUAAAACAAAUGCGAAAAUUUUGAGAGGAAAAAUACAAAAAUUUUGCGAAAAAAUAC